AGGGACCGACAGUGACGCUCAUAGCCACCAUUACAGCAUCUGCAAAUAAUUCAUUUCGAGAAAGCCUCAGGUUUUCUCAUUUCUAUUAAUUAGCUCUGGGUUCACGGGUAGAUGUAUUUUCAUCACUACAGUUGACUUGAUUUUUUUUCUUUCUUCGUGAUUGAUCAAAAUGGAUUUAUAUGGGAAGAUGGCUGCCACUCAGGAUGUGAAGGGAAAGGAGGGUGCAGACCAGAACUUUGACUACAUGUUCAAACUGCUGAUCAUUGGCAACAGCAGUGUGGGCAAGACCAGCUUCCUGUUCCGCUACGCGGAUGACGCCUUCACCUCCGCCUUUGUCAGCACCGUGGGCAUCGACUUCAAGGUCAAGACCGUCUACAAGAACGACAAGAGAAUCAAGCUGCAGAUAUGGGACACAGCCGGCCAGGAGCGUUACAGGACCAUCACUACGGCCUACUACCGUGGGGCGAUGGGCUUCAUCCUCAUGUACGACAUCACUAACGAGGAGUCCUUCGGGGCUGUGCAGGACUGGUCGACCCAGAUCAAGACCUACUCGUGGGACAACGCCCAAGUGGUCCUGGCCGGAAACAAGUGUGACAUGGAGGAGGAGAGGGUGGUGUCAGUGGACAGUGGCAGACUGCUAGCUGAACAGCUGGGCUUUGAGUUCUUCGAGACGAGUGCCAAGGACAACGUCAACGUGAAGCAGACCUUCGAGCGCCUCGUCGACAUCAUCUGCGACCGCAUGUCCGAGAGCCUGGAUACGGAUCCUGCCGUUACCACGGGAACGCCCGGCGCCAAACUGACAGACAGCGCCCCGCCCCUCCAGCAGCCCGCCUGCAACUGUUAGUGGGCUGCUAUUGUUCAGAGCAGGACGGGGGAGUGGGGUGGGUAGGGUGGGGGUUGUCACAGUGUACAGGGUCAGCUUUUGUUCCAAACCAACACCAACACAUGCUUGCUUGAGUCACUCAGCUCAUCCUGAACAUCCCAAUGUCAAACAACGAGUCGAUCCCCAAUGGUAAGACGUGGAGGAUGGUUUGUAACUACGUGUGUUGAUGCUGUGCCAGAACAAAAGCCCACACGCUUUAGUUUCCAGUCCGUAGUUUUUUUCUUAGUACUUAAUCAUCUCUAAUCUAUGUCAAUCAAUGUACAAACAGACUUGCAUCCUGUUUGUCAUAAAUAUGUCUUAACGUAACAAGAUAUCUGAUAUUACGCUAAGAAUAUGCUAUACUUAUAUCCCUCUACUUAACUUCUCUGAUGUGCUUGUAAACUUGGUAGCCUGGUUCAUGUUCUAACUGUUCGAUGCACCUCAACACAGCUUUUAGAGGCUUAGAACUUUUACAGAGUGAAUCUACAAAGUAGAACAUCAGUAGAUUUUCAGGGGUUAGACUCUAGUCAGCGCCAUAGAGAUAUAAAUAGAGUGCUUUAUUCUCUGUGGUCUGUGCAUGGAUUUCUCAAGGCAUCUAUUUAUUUUGUCUGCAUAGGGGUUGUUUUGAUACAUAUUACGAUUUAUCUUCUGCAGCUGCUUGCUGCCCAACUGUUUCUUUCAGUGCACUGUAUAAGAACUGUUUGCACAGUAUGAGUGUGUACACAGGUAAGUGUAGGCAUAUAUCGGCUGUAUUUAUGGACUGUUUCUGUGCAUGUGUAUGUAUGAGUGUGUGUAUGCGUUUGUGUUUCUUUGAAAUCAUCUAUCUUGGAUCAAAUCAAGUGGCCUUUAGCAUUCCAUCAUGGCCUCUGCUCCUAUGUACUGGUUCUGUUCCGUUUCACAUUACAUCAAUCUGCUUAGAUUGUGUUUGCGUGUUUUUGUGUUGUGGGAAAGGGGGGAUUUGUGUGUAUGUAUGUGUGUGUGCCUUUCCUAGUGAUCAUGUUACUCUUUAGGACAGAAAAAGCAUGAAGAUAAAUAAAACAUAGAACAUGAUACAGUAAAUAGAUGUUUGCAAGGCUGUCUUACUCUAGUAAUUCUCAAAUUGUUCAUUUUGAGAGAUUCAGUCCACAUAAACAUGUUCAGCACCUGUACAUUACAUUUGCAUGUAUUCAUUACUAACAUCUGGACGUUGGAGAUAUACCUUAAACUCCACUUCACUGAACAUUUUCAGAAUCUCAGCAACAUUCAGCAUGUCUACAGCAGCCUACACCUCCAACAGUGAUGAGUAUAUCUCUGUAUUAGGUAGCUUUCACGUUAUAGAUUUCAGUGUCACAUACUGUAGGUCUUAGUUGUUGCAGAAGGUCAUCAAACCUGUAGUCGUGCCAAAACAGAAUAGAUUGUCCUAAACUGUCUAAUUUGUGUUUUUGCAUAGGAAAAAGAAAGGAUGGAAAAUGUUUAAAAAAAACAUUGCAUGAAACAACACUUCUCUAUCUUUAUAUUUUAGGGAUGUGAAAGAAACUAUUUAUGUUAUAAAUUUAGGAGCAUCCUCACAGUUUUAUCUGUGAGCUGCAAAUGGGCCAACAAGUGCAAUAUUUAUUAAAUAAAUUCCUGUGUACAUAGUCUUCUCCAUUAGGGUAAUAGCUCCCUUUGCAGAAGCGUGUGACUGUUAGCUGAGCUGUAAGUUGUGGCACUACACCCAUUAAAGAGACUUCUGUGUGGAUGUGAGCUUUAUGGGGAUCUGCACUGGGAGUCAAUCUGUAAGGGUGUGUUUGUGUGGGGGUGUGUGUGUGUGUGUGUGCGCCAUAGCAAUUCCUACUGUCUUGUAUAUUGUGUACCUUUUUUACGGAUCUAUCCUCGUGCUGUAUGCUGUACCUCUCGCUAGCCGUUGGUGACCCUCGUAUCAUGAUGUCCAAAUGCAGUGUUGUGGAAGAUAGUCAGGGAACAUUAGUCUAUGCCAUAUUCCGUACUGAUCUGCUGUAUGUCUAUCUGAGAAAAAUUAUGUGUGCAUUGUUGCGUAGCAGUAGUAUUCCAUGACAAUAUACGUGGAACAGUUUGACAUGUGGAGCGUAAGACAAAGGACAGAGCUUUUGAAAAAUCAAUAUGGCUAUUCCAAAGCUCAUUCUAAUGUUCUAGUCAGCCCAUAUUUCCCUAACUGGAUAUUUUAUUUAUACCUUUAAGUGUGUGAGCAAUGUACAAAAUAUGUUUUUGAGAUGAUAGGAAAUAAACAAAUUGUAUUCAUGUGG